UUCAUUUCGUCUGACAGCAUCCACCUCAUUAGAAAGGCAGUUUGCUUCCUUCUCACUUACUACAGCAGCAAUCCAAGUGCAUGCAACGUUUGUGAUCAUUCUGCGGCUUUUACCUCUCUAAACCUCCUUCUUUUUGUAUAUCAAUUUAAUAAUGAAACAAAAGUAUUGUCUUUUCCUGCGAUUUGCAGUUCUAGCGCUGUUUGCAAUUUGCUCUACGUCGGACAUUGCCAAUGGAGAAAAACAGUACGUUAAUGAGUGGGCAGUCGAAGUGGUUGGAGGACCCGAGGUGGCGAAAGCUAUUGCCGAAGAACUGGAAUAUGAUUUCGUGGGUCAGAUUGGAGCACUUCAAAAUCACUAUCUACUUCGACACAAAAUUCAUCCAAGAAGGUCUCGAAGGAGUGCUGAUCACUUUACAAAAAGAUUAUUUGAAGAUGAACGGGUGUCUUGGGCAGAACAACAGUAUGAAAAACAAAGAAGUAAACGUUCUCCGGCAAGGGAUUGCAUAGACUGCAUGGCAGAGAAAAUGUUUAGCGAUCCCAUGUGGAAACAACAAUGGUAUCUGCAAGAUACAAGGACUUCAUCAUCCCUCCCGAAACUGGAUCUCCAUGUUAUCCCAGUGUGGAAAAAGGGAAUAACAGGCAAAGGAAUUGUGCUUACUGUGCUUGAUGAUGGACUGGAAUGGAAUCACACAGAUAUUCAAGCAAAUUAUGAUCCAGAAGCAAGCUAUGAUUUUAAUGAUAAUGACCCUGAUCCAUUUCCAAGAUACGACCCAACUAAUGAAAAUAAGCACGGUACCAGGUGUGCUGGGGAAAUUGCAAUGCAAGCCAAUAACAAGAAAUGUGGAGUUGGAGUGGCUUACAAUUCAAAAGUUGGAGGCAUCAGAAUGCUGGAUGGAAUAGUAACUGACGCAAUUGAAGCCACUUCAAUUGGGUUCAACCCACAGCAUGUGGAUAUUUAUAGUGCAAGCUGGGGUCCAAAUGAUGAUGGAAAGACUGUGGAAGGUCCUGGCAGACUUGCACAAAAAGCAUUUGAACAUGGCAUUCAGAAGGGUAGAGGAGGAAAAGGGUCUGUUUUUGUCUGGGCAUCUGGGAACGGUGGUCGUCAAGGUGAUAACUGUGACUGUGAUGGGUACACAGAUAGCAUCUAUACAGUAUCUAUAAGCAGUGCAUCACAGCAAGGGCUGUCUCCGUGGUAUGCAGAAAAAUGUUCUUCAACCCUGGCUACAGCUUACAGCAGUGGGGACUACACAGAUCAAAGAAUUACAAGUGCUGAUCUUCACAAUGACUGCACUGAGACUCACACUGGCACCUCAGCGUCAGCCCCAUUGGCCGCAGGAAUUAUUGCCCUUGCUCUCGAAGAAAACCCAAAUCUUACAUGGAGGGAAUUGCAACAUUUAAUUGUCUGGACCUCUGAAUAUGAUCCACUGGCCAACAAUCUGGGCUGGAAAAAGAAUGGAGCUGGUCUAAUGGUGAACAGUAGAUUUGGGUUUGGCUUGCUGAAUGCCAAAGCACUGGUUGAUAUGGCAGAUCCUAAAACCUGGAAGGGAGUGCCAGAGAAGAAACAAUGCAUUGUUAAAGAUAAUACUUUCGAAUCCAGGGCUUUGAAAGCUGGUGGAGAGAUUACAAUUGAAAUCCCUACCAAAGCUUGUGAAGGGCAAGACAAUAAUAUUAAAGCUCUGGAGCAUGUUCAACUGGAGGCAACCAUUGAAUAUACUCGGAGAGGAGACCUUCACAUCACUCUCACAUCUCCUGCAGGAACCAACACUGUGCUCUUGGCAGAGCGUGAAAGGGAUUCCUCACCCAAUGGUUUUAAGAACUGGGCCUUUAUGUCAGUGCAUACCUGGGGAGAGGAUCCAGUGGGCACGUGGCUUCUGAGCAUUACUGAUGUGUCUGGAAGAAUAGAAAACAAAGGAGAAAUCAUCGACUGGAAACUGAUUUUACAUGGCACCUCCAUCAAACCCGAGCACAUGCAGAAGCCUAGGGUGUACACUCCUUACAAUGCGGUUCAGAAUGACAGAAGAGGUGUGGAAACAAUGGAAGAAUUUAUAGAGGAUGACAUUUUCAGGAAUGCUGAGCCUACAAAUCCAUACACAAAGGCAAACACUAGCAAAGAAGAUGUGAAUAAGGAAGACAUGGAAGAAAAAGUAGCCUUGCAUCCUGCUCAAAAAAUAUUUGACCAAAAAACUCAAGAUAAUAGUGCUCUGCACUUAUUCCAUAACAGUAGACCCCAUGAGGAUAUAAAAGUACCUAUUCAGAAUUUCUAUCAAGCCACUGGAAAAUUAAACAAACAGUCCAAGUUGGAAGACUUGGAGGACAGCGAAUACAGGGAAUACAGUGACCAGCUUUAUGACACCAAACCUUAUAAGCAUAGAGAUGAUCGAUUGCUUCAAGCUUUAUUAGAGAUGUUGGCAGAGAGCCAAUAAUUGUUAGGAUGUGGGCAAGUUUUGUGUUAACUGGAGUAUUUAGUUGGUUUGUCUUGGUAUCUCUGUGAUUCUGUGUAAAGAAGUAACGAAUUUGACAAGAAACAAUUUUGACAAAGCAUUUAAACUAUAUUUUCAUUAUUUAUUUAUAGUUGGUCUAUAAUUUUCACAAUAUCCAUCAAGUACCAUGUGAUUAUGUAUGGUAGACUUUGCUUCAUAAUUCUAACCUGCAGGCUGCGGACCUGAACACAAAUACAAAGACCACAUACAGAGAUUUGAAGUAUGAUACCAGUAAAAUAUAAUCUAGCAGAAUCCAACCUAUCAUUGAGAUAUCAUCAGUUAAUUGUUUAUAAACAAAUCAUUAAUAUUUUACAGUAUCAUAGAUUCUUUGUUAAUGAAGAAUUUAUUUUGCUAAUGAAAGGACAGAUAAUUUAGCACUAGUUUCACAAAAUUGCAAUGGCUGCUUGAUUGAUUAGUUGUUUGAUGAUGUGGAAAGCUUGACAAUGAAUCACAAUCUUACACAAAAUAUCUUAUCAUAAAAGCAAGUUUAAUUUGCCUCAGCCAUGAUUUUUGUUGUUUACAACAUGGAUCUAUGGCUAUUUAGUUGGCAAGUCAAAGUCCCAGAGUAAUUUAUUGUUCUCAUCUACUAUUGCUAUUGGAAUGCACUUAUAUUCAGCUAUUCACUCAACAAAAAGAGUGCCUCAUGAUCAUGAAGUAUUCAACCUCAAGGUAGGCAAAAUCCUCCCAUUCACUGAACACAAAGGUUAAAUUGAAGAAAGAUUCACAGCUCGACUGAACCUUGUCAUUCCAUCUGAUUUAGGCCACAAACUACUUUUGGGAAUGUGUGGAAACUAAGGAAUAAUUCACCAAAGAAACAAAAUGGAGCCAGCAGUCUUAUUCACUUUUAAAAAUAAAAAUGGUGUGUGUGCAAUAUUACAACGUGUCGAUGAUUAAGAAGUGACUUUUUUAAUAUUCAUAAAUAAUUCUGUAACUCAGAAGUAAUGGAGUUAUUAUUUGAGUUUCAAGUCAUUUGCACAUUAGAUAAAAAUCAUUUUUACCUGCCAAUGUGUGGAUUUCUAUUUAUAUAACAAGUGUUCUGAUUAUUAAAGCUAAAAUUUAUUGGGGAAUGAGUAGCUUAAUAAAUUGGCACAUUAUCCUUACACUUUUUGAACUUGGGGUCAACUUCAACCCAAAUCAAUGGGAUAAGAGUUUUCUUUCUCCUCUUUUCCCUUCAAAGGUCCUACACAAAAUGAAUUGGUCAACCCCACUUAUUGAGUUUGAGCAACCAGCAUCAAUUUCCAUAUCAUGUCACGGUAACUGAAAUUAUCCAAGCAAUCUAACCUAAAGCAGUCAAAAGAUGCAAUGGCAAUUGAAAUACUUUACUACAGCAGUAGGUGGAGAGGGAUGUUUGAAGUUGAGGUUCAGUCAUUCUGGACCAAAGCAGAAAGAGCUAGAUUCUAUUUCCACUGCUACACUACUUGGUCUGCGAAUGUUUGAUACUGAUCCUGGACACCAAAAGUGGAAAAGUGUUUCAAAUUUCAGCACCAAGGACCAUUACGUUAAUGAGCACAUAAUUCAGUUUAUAUUGUUUUAUUAGGUAUCUUGAAUGCCACCUUUGGCCAGUUUAUAAGAUAGGAGAUGAAAUAAUCAAACCACUGAUUGAGGAGUGAUUUCAUUCGUUUUCUAGAAGAUUUUUAACAAGGUUAACUUCAAUAAGAAAUAAAGAAAA